CCUCCUCCUGGAUCCUUGCCCGCUGGGCACAGCUGGGGCCAGUAUAAAAGAGGUGCAGAGGAGUGGGAGGGAUCCUGGAGACCCUGAGGCCAUAAGGGAAACUGAGGCACGCACACAGGUGUCCAUGGCGGGCUGGGUGCUGUGCAUGACGCUGGUGCUGGCAGCACUGGCAGGGGCGGCAGGCGAGACCCGCUACGAGAAGUUCCUGCGGCAGCACGUGGACAACCCCCGGACGUCCACGCUGGCGGCGCAUCGCUACUGCGAGACCAUGCUGGCGCGGCGGCGGGUGACGGCCCCGGGCAGGCCCUGCAAGCCCUCCAACACCUUCGUGCACGCCCCGGCUGCGGAGCUGGUGGCCGCCUGCUCCCAGGCGCCCGACCCCGACACGGGGUUCCAGAGCACCCCGAAGGCCCUGAGCCUCACGGCCUGCCGCCUGCGCGGCGGGGACACGCGGCCGCCCUGCGCCUACCGUGCCCGCCAGGCGCAGCAGCACGUGCGCGUGGCCUGCCGCGACGGGCUGCCCGUGCACCUGGCGGGCACCUACGCGGCCCCGCAGUGAGGCCUGGCAUGGUACGUGAGGCCUGGCAUGGCGCUCUCCCGGCCCUCGCGGAUCCUCCCUGCCUUCAGGAGCUCUGUUAGCGCUGGCAAUAAAGGAGGUGGCAGAGGCCCGGGCUCCGGCA